AUGAUGUAGUUUUAGUCAAAUUGAGUGCUAAUUUUCGCCUAUUUUUGCAAUAAAAAUUGUGUAACGUAAAAUUCGGUGUGUUAUAAUACGUGCAAAUCAGCGUAUUGCAAUUGGAUGGCGGUGUCGUGCGUGGGAAGCGUAUGUGUGAUGCUUACAUUGUUUUGAUCGGUGUCGCAAAUACAUAAAGUGUCGAAUGAAUGUUGAUGGUUUCGGGUAGACGGAAUCGAAAUAAUCCGCGAGAUUUGGCCGUAAUGUCGCCUCUGUGGACUGCUAGAUAUGACUAUCAGGCUCAGGGUGACGAUGAGCUGUCGCUGCGCGUUGGUCAAAUCGUCUACGUCCUGUCGAUGGACAGCAGCAUCUCAGGAGACGAGGGGUGGUGGACGGGCAAGAUUGGCGAUAGAGUUGGGAUUUUCCCAUCUAAUUUCGUCACAAAUGAAGACCCAGCGGUGCUUAAUGUGCAGCCGGUUGAAAUCAAAUUCGAAGAGCUUGAUCUGAAGGAGGUGAUCGGAGUUGGAGGUUUCAGUAAAGUUCACCGUGCCUUUCUCAAAGGCGAAGAGGUCGCCGUCAAAGCCUCACGGCAGGACGAGGAUAUCGAUGUAACACGCGAAAAUGUUCUGCAGGAGGCCAAACUGUUUUGGUCCCUGAAGCAUCCCAACAUAGUGGCGCUGAGGGGAGUGUGUUUAGAUCCGCCGAUAAUGUGUCUUGUGAUGGAAUAUGCCCGUGGAGGCUCGUUGAAUCGGAUACUGACCGUAAGGAAAAUUCCUCCGGAUGUGUUAGUCGAUUGGGCGGUGCAAAUAGCUCGCGGAAUGAAGUAUUUACAUUGCGAGGCUCCCAUUUCCGUCAUUCAUAGGGAUUUGAAAAGUUCGAAUGUUCUCAUCAGCGAGCACAUCUCAACCGGCACUCUGAAAUCGAAAACGUUGAAGAUAACCGACUUCGGGCUUGCUCGUGAAGCUUACAAGACGACACGAAUGUCUGCCGCCGGUACUUUCGCUUGGAUGCCACCGGAAGUCAUCAAGUCUGGGACGUACUCGAAAGCUUCCGAUGUGUGGAGUUACGGUGUGCUUCUGUGGGAAUUGCUAACCGGCGAAACGCCUUACAAAGGAUUUGAUUCCCUGAUGGUGGCGUACGGGGUCGCCGUCAACACGCUUGCCCUGCCGAUACCGAAGACCUGUCCCGAGCCGUGGGGAAAGCUAAUGAAGUCCUGUUGGGAUACAGAUCCUCAUAGGCGGCCCUCGUUUAGGGAUAUUGAAAAGGAUUUAGAUAUUAUCACUCGAUCUGGAUUUGGGCAAACACCUCACGAAUCAUUCCAUACCAUGCAGGACGGCUGGAAGAAGGAAAUCGCCGAAGUCCUUGAAGAACUGCGUAAAAAGGAGAAGGCAUUUAAGUCUUUCGAAGAGGAAUUACGCAGCAAAGAAGAGGAGCUUAGCCGAGUACAGCGCGAACAGCGGUGUAAGGAAGAAGAUUUAGCUAAACGUGAACAGGAACUAGACGCACGUGAAAUCGAACUCCUGGGACGUGAGCUGAAUAUCAUGAUAACUCAGAACACACCAACACCGAAAAAGAGGAAAGGGAAGUUCAGCAAAAGUAAGCUAAGGUUACUGAAGCGGGAACCGGGACAGAUCUCGUCUCCGCUCGAUUUUCGUCACACGAUAACGGUAAAGCACACUGCCAUUCGUGACGAAUCUCGACAGCACACGGAUACUCCUCCCGGUUCACCCGCCACCCGACUGAGAGCCAUUGCACUUCCGGCCGAUGGCAUGAAAGGUAAAACCUGGGGACCGUCGACUUUGCAUCAGCGCGAGCGAGGUCACUUGACAGCCCUGCGUACGACGGUCCGGACGCCGCAUUUCAGUAAAAGUGCACCGAAUCUGGACAAAUCCCGCAUGGCGAUCUCCGCCAGUUCGUCGCGUAACGAAAUACUAGAUUACGACACCGAUGAGUGGUACCCGCCUAAUCUGGGCUUUGCCGGUGAUGCGUCGCUGAACACGCCGCUUUGCACAAGUUUAACAAGAUUUGGUGGACUCCCCAGUACGGUUCCGAUGCCGACACUUUAUGCUUCCGAAGGACAGCGCAAACCAAAGUUAUCGAUUAUAGAAUUAGUGUUGUACAAUAUUGCCUCGAUGCUGGCGGGCGUCGCCUCCGGGUACGAUGUUCGAGUGUCGAACGUUUCACCCCUUCACCCCCGUUUGCAUCCGACGUCUGCGAUGAGUGACAUAUAUCAGCUCCAGCCUAGUCCUUACCAUCAGCUACAUCACCCGUCACAGCCACUUUUAUCUAUACCACAGCAUUUAGAUAGUAAUGUAGAUCAAGAGUACACGGAAGUGUAUAACGAAAGGAUUCACGCUCACAACACCUACCAUGGACCGGUAAAGCAGAGUAGGACGCAGAUGUCUUCACUUAGCCCCAGACAGGACGACCGUCCGUUACGAUUUACCGAUUCACCUCAGCACUAUUUACCUUCAACGAUGUCGACAACCAGUGGUUUGGGAUCGAACUACACACCUUCGGGUCCGAGCUCUUCGCUAAGCGGCGGGGCGGGAACUCAGCCACCUACGCCUUCACCGCGACGAAAAUCGAGCACCACUUCUUUCGUCGACUACGGUGAACUACCGGAGGAGCAGGAGAGUAGAGCUGGCCUCUACGUGCCUGGUGACUAUACCCAUUAUCCACAGCAGAACAGUGCCAUGUUUGCAACCGGGACCAAUGCGGGCUAUUUCGGUUCCCACUACUUCCCAUAUCGACCAGAGAUCAACUUUGCCUUCGAGCGCGACACGAAGUCGUACGGCGGAGAGCCGGUGUACGAGGAUCAUCAUUACGAUAGUGCUUCUUAUCAUGACUACGCCUACGAGGGCGGCAGUAUGAGCAAUCGCUUCAGUGCUCCUCGCGUUCCUACGAUGGGCGUCAAUGCAGCAGGUCACAGGCGAACGCUUUCAAAUGUGUCCACAACGGCGAGCAAUAUCAAUCAAGGGUUUCAUUUUGAUGGUGAGGACGUUGAUCUGGUGGACGACGCUAUGUAUAAUCUAAAUAAUUUCUACAUUAAUAACAACCAAAAUGCUGGUAAAGUGCCGGACAGUAGCCUAAUUCCCAAUCGCAUGCAUGAGUAUGAAAACAUUCCAAACUAUUUUAAGAGGCAAACUAGUCUAAACGCAGGCUAUUCGGGUCAUUUUUCUAAUGAAUUUAUCAAUAUCAGCAAUCAUGAACGGCCUGCUAGCAUAGGCUUAGAACAUGGCGGGUUACCCUCCUCCGGGACGGGCACUCAGUUUAGGUUACGAUCUAGUUUGAAGAAAUACAACACACAACAGCAACCACAAUCGCAGACGCAACAACAGCAAACACAAACCAAGUACAGCACCGGUUCGAGUGGCAGUUGUGGCACACCGGUUACGACUAAUCCCACACCACCGGAUAGUUUGACCAGCGACGACAGCUCCUAUUUGAGUGCAAAGGACAACUCAUCAUCGAUGUCCUCGCAGAGCCGCGUUCGGUUUACCCCCGAGCUGCUUUUGGAUAUGCAACAACGCCAGAGCCAGUCAUCGCACCAUUUGCUGCUAGGACAUGGUUCCGUGCAUGAAAUCGUCUCACACGUGCCACUUGGACGUAAAUCAUCCAGUGGUCCAACCGGGGUCACGACUUCCGCUAGCAGUGCUUCACUCGCAACCGGACGGCAUUCGAACGUGGGUGAACCGGGGCAAUCCUAGCAGUACGUUAAAACCUACAUGGUGUAACUUUCGAUUUUCUCCUUGGUGCACUUAUUGAUCCGCGCACUCUUUAUGGCCAGGACGGGGGGUAAUAAGAAGAUUAAAUGCUACAAUAGAGAGAUGGAGCAAUAUCGCUUCCAACAGACAGAGGAGAUUAUGUUCUUAACGUUUUCAUUGCAGUAUUCUAGGGAAAACAACGCUAAUACUCGAUAAAAAAGGCCAUAAUAAUUUUCAAGCAAGCAACUGUCUAAUACUCAACCAUAUUGCGGCAGCAUCACUUGUGCUUUCUGUGAGCAGUCACUGUUCGUUAGGUGUAGCUUUUACAUACACUCGUAGGUACAUUCAAUUCAUAUGUGCACUUUUGUCCUCUGUGACUCAGAUGUUCAACUUGUCCCGUUCAUUUCGUAUUUCGAUUGCUCGCUUAUCAGUCAAGGUUGAAGGAUGCGAAACACUAGUCAAAUCAAAGCUUGGAAUCCAACUUAUACGACGUUAUAACCACAUAACCUAAUGAGUCUCCUUGACUUUUGGAAACCUUGCUUCAAAAAGACACAAUUAGUGAUAUAGUUAAAAUUGAAAAGUUUUACAAAUGGACGCAAAUGGACUACUUUCGCUUGCAAUCGAUAAAUUAGUGCAAGCUAAGCGCGUAUUUUUCCGCAUUCGAAGUGUUUGAUAACUUUGUAAUGCCACUGUUAACAGCACGGACGCUGUAACUUUGUCAAGUGAAGAAGUGCAAAAUUGCGGAGAGACGAAAGUCCUUUUAAGCUUCAUUUCAUUUUUGUUUCAUAGAUUUAAUAGUGCUACGUGCUGCUGCUGUGCGCUGCCGCUCGCUCUGGUAAAGUUGUUUCCUUUCGUUAGCUGCUUACUGCGUGGUUUUCAUUGUACGAGAACGACCGUGGUGACAUGUGAUACGAUACGCGGAAAAAGGAAACGGUUCAGAUGGGAAAAUUGAUACUGCUUUUACGUUUUGUGUGUUUCUACAGUGUUUGGGUCAGCUUUGGUGAUAGCAAUCGGAUAGUAAACACUUUACAUGGGAUGUUGGAAGGAUUUCAGUUGGCCUUAGCAGUGAUGUUUGUCUUCCUGUUGAGGUGGAGGAUCUAGAGGAUGAUUAAUUCUUUUGCAAUAUUUGUUGGCGAAUAGUGUUUAUAUAAAGUAUCAAGGAUAGCGUAUCAUAUGUAAAAAAAUAUUUUUGUUCCGUGACACAAUUUACAAGAAAUUACCAGAAUAUUCCAUUAAGCGGAAGGUGUUUUGAAUUUGAAAUGAAAAUUUCAAUUCAAAAUCCAAUCGUGUGAUGUAUUUUUAACUGAUUUCGAUUCCUUUUGAAGCUGGCAUCCGUAACGGUUGGUGAAACGUGUUUCAGUUUAUUUUGAGACAAUGAUUUUUGAUUUUUCGCUUUUUUUAUUUUUCGCAAUAAAUAUUGGAUUACAGGUUAACUAUCUUAAAGUUGACUGAAGUUGAAACUAGUAAUAAAACUAAACGUUUGCGUUUCCUUGCUAAAAAUAUUUAUUUACAGAUAUAAACAAAAUAACACGCGUCUCCAUUACAUUAUGACAACUUUACUUCUUUGAAAAUGUGUGUAACAAGAUAGGGUCAAUUAAGCAUUAGUGGACACUUUAGUGCUUGAGUUGUUUUCUUGUAUGAAGUAUUUUGAACUGGUAAUGCUAAAUACCCAACCGAUGGCACUUAAAAUAUUAGUAACUUUCGAUUUAGCCUUUACUUUGACCAGUGUAUUUUGAUCCUUCAGCUUUUGACAUUCAACAUGAGAGGAUAUUUGAUAGAACGCGGGUCGAAGAUGAAUUUACAGAGCGGGUAUGAGAAACGAACUGAGUCGCCUUACCAGGUAGAAUUAAGAGCGUUAGUGUAUGCAAUGGAAUGCGAUGCGAUACUGCAAGUAAAUGAAUAAGAAAAUGCAAGACUGUCAGAGGGAACGGGAUUCCCUAACUUGUACCGAUCAAAAAAUUAAGCAAAUAAUUUUUCUGUGGGCCAAAUUUUGAGCAAUUUGAGUUUUUUUAAACAUUGUUCGCGCGUGUUAGAAAUCAGACAGAUUUUUUUUAAAUAUGGCAAAUUAAAAUUCAUCGUGCGUCCCUUUUUGGAGAAGCUAAUUACCGAGAUUCGAGUGAUGAAGUGAGAUAUUAAGUUCAUACCUUUUAUGGAUCUAAACAGUUGCUAGUUUUCCAUCCAAAAUGGGACGUACUUGAUUAUCACGUACUAAUCAUUUUACAAAAUAGCUAUCAUUGCUCCAAGUUUGGUCACCUUGGAGCAAAAUUUGUGUUGACAUGCGUUAUAAGUUUUGACAUGUGGAACGAAUGGUGGUGUUAAACAAACUGUAACAAUUAUAUUACAUAAAUAUAUGGCCAUAUACGCGGUGACAUACCUCUAAAUAGGCAAAACUAAAACUGCAGUCCUUGUCUUGAAAUGUUACUUUAUUAAAAUUAGAGAAAAAUGGCAAUAUUUAUUUCACGAGUUCAUCGUGUUUUGAUUUCGGUUUAAACUGUCAUUGAUAUGUUGUGCAGCCUGUUCUAUUUGCUCUUUACUUUUUACUGAAAAGAUUGGUAGCAUAAAUUAAUAUUAUACUGGAGUUCCGAUGUUAGAAAUAACUCUAAACAAACGAUUUAAGACAUCAGAAAUAUUGUUUGAAUAUGUGUAACAAAA